AAAUGAAGCACCUACGCUAAGCAGGCACAAGUCCGCUUAAUCAAUGCUUACCCAAGCCUUACCUUCACAUUAUCAGUUUCAACCACAGCUAUAUAAAGGCACCCACUAUCAGUGCUGCACUGCUGUCAUCUCAAACAAGAAAAACAAAACGGAAAGGACAAAAGCGGCUUUAAAUCAUGCUUUCUCUCUGGCUGAUCACAGUCGCCAUCUUGCUGCCACCAGCCUUAGCUGCCAGGCCGCUGUGCUUCGACUUCAUCCUCCCAAUUCAAGUCUCUACACCGAUCACAAACUUUACUAUUCCUCCUUUCCAUGAUAAUUCCGAGUCCACAUCUAUGCUUGUGAACUCCGUGGCUCGCACGGCAAAUGUUCAAAAUCUUGUAGCUGGUGAAUUAAAAAUAAACCGAGCUUACAAAAUAAAUUUCCGUUACUGCGAGCCUGAUCGGCGCGCAUCGCGAAACGGCAUCAUGCAAGUCUUGACUCAUGGCCUUGGGUUCGAUAAAUCCUACUGGGACUUUGAAGGAUACAGUUACAUUGCAUCUGCCACUGCGGCUGGGUACUCUACCUUAUCCUACGAUAGGCUAGGUGUCGGACAAUCUGAGCUUGCAGACCCUUACCUUGACGUACAAGCCGCAACCCAGGUCGCAAUUCUAGCAAAGGUCUCAGAGCUUUUGCAAGACGGGAAGCUCUCGUCAAAAAUAUUGACUCCCAAGAAACUCGUUCAUAUCGGCCACAGCUUUGGCUCAUUAAUCACGAACAGCCUCGCAGCAACGUACCCAACUCUGUCCGAUGGUAUUAUCCUCACCGGAUUCGGUCACGACUUUUCCUGGUCAAGCUAUUUCCAAUUGUGUUAUGGAUUCGAAGUAGCACGACUCAACAAACCCCUUAGCUUUCACGAGUAUGACUCUGGCUAUCUGACCUGGGGUAACGAGUUUGAUAACCAGUGUGCGGCUUUCAGCUACCCCAACUUUGAUGGGUCUGUUCUCCACAAAGCCGAGCUUAACAAGGCACCAUUUACGAUUGCCGAACUACUUUCAUUUGGUGUCACUUCUCUUGCGGCUCCAGAGUUUGCUAGUCCUGUUCUGAUUAUAAAUGGCGCACAAGAUCUGUCAUUUUGCGGUGGUAAUUGUUAUGGUGUUCUGGACGCGGCGGACUCUCCUUCUACAGCUGUCUUCCCCAAGGCAAGUCCCCUUGCUAGGUAUAUCCACCCCAAUGCAGGACACGCAUUGAAUCUCCAUCACAAUUCAACUGCGGCAUACGGCGUCAUGCUUGGCUUUUUGAAAAAUAAUGGAUUAUAG